AAGUUUAAUCGGGGCUUCCUCACUAGAGCAAUCUCUUUGUAAUCCAAUCGCUCGAGCUUCCUCAUUGUGGCUCCAUCGUUCAUGCAGUUUCUAAACUAGCCAGUCUUUUCCAUCCUGGCAGCAGUCAGGAGCUGCUCGAUCAGCGUUCGAUCAGACACUGUUAAGUCCACAAUGGCAGCUAUCCAAGUUGUGUUGCUACUGGUGGGUCUGGUGGGAUUGCCGGCAGCCAUGGGAUUGGCAAGCUCCAGCAUGGCUGCAAAUGGAUACAACGAGAACUGGGUCCCUGGACACGCUACAUGGUACGGCGAUCCCUAUGGCGAAGGAUCCAGCGGAGGAGCAUGUGGCUACCUCCAGCUCACUGGAACGCCCAUUGGCAACAAGAUUGCUGCCGGAAACGAAGCCAUCUUCCAAAAAGGCAAGGGUUGCGGCCAAUGCUACGAGGUGAAGUGCAAUUAUCCAGUGUGCAGACCUGAGGGGACGAGGAUUGUCAUCACAGACUUGUGCCCAGGAGGCCAGUUCUGCAGUGGUGGCAACCCCGCCUUUGACCUGAGCGGCGCAGCCAUCAGCGCCAUGGCGAAGGAUGGUCAAGACGGAGCCUUACGGAACAUUGGCUUAUACGACAUUCAGUACAAGAGGGUGCCGUGCGAGUACCCGGGCCAGAACAUUGUCUUCAAAGUAGACGCUGGCUCUAGCCCUUUCUGGCUCUCAUUCACCGUGAAGUACAUGGGAGGCCCAGGUGACAUUGAAAGCGUUUCAAUCAGUCAGCGUGAUGGCUCUUUCAUCCCGGCUCAACACAGCUGGGGAGCCAAUUGGAUGCUCAUCAACUACUCCGGAGCACCAUUCCAGGGUCCCUACUCCGUGAAAAUCAACUGCAUGCUGAACGGCCACACCGUUGUUGCCAAGGACGUUAUUCCAGCUGGUUUUGCACCCGGUCAGGAAUACGAGAGCAAUGUGCAGAUUGGGUUCUAGGAUUGCCAGAGACACCAUCUCCGAUGGCACUGACAGCUCCGCAAGACCUGAACACUGGCGGAGGUUCGAUGACAUCCCCGAACUUACAGUGCCGGAUCAGAAACCCGGAGGAGGAGGAGGAGGGGGAUUGUAACAGUUUGCUUUUUUCCAUUCAAGCAGUUUUUGUGACUGAAUGUUCGUAGCUAGUGCUGGAGUAGGUAUGUACUGAGAACCGGUUGGACUGGUAAGAUCCAGGGUGCCAGUGAUAGAAGUCUCUUCGCAUACCAGGUUCAGAGUCUCCAACAACAACGUCGAUAGCGCGAUUUUGUAUGUGCGAGAGGCUCCACUCCGUAGAGCAUGCGUAACAGAGCUAUAUCCGGCUCCUGGUGGGUGUACAAGAAGAAGCUUCCACAAAUUUCUGAUGUAAUACGUCUGCCUGUGCACGGUGGAACGUAUCAUGACCAAAGGUUGUCCAUGUAAUGUUAUCGCUGGUUGAAGGUGUAGAUCUUAGCACUGUCUCAGGUUCAGAGUUUCAAUAAAAUUACUGUGCUCUAAAACGUCUUUUCUGGUUA